UAUCUAAACUUCCAGAAUGUUGCAUUAGUAUACAAUCAAUAUUUUGUAAUUGUGAGCAAAGCAUAAUGUUUUAAAAUGUUAUUUUAUUUGUUUCUCAUUCCCUAUAUAUUACUAUCGGAGAUGUGCACUGGUCGAGUCCACCUGGAAAAAUCACUCAGGUGUGACAAUCACAUUUGGGGUAUAUACAGGUAGAGUAAAUUAGGCUACCUGAAAGAAAUAUGGCGGAUAAGAUGAGAAAGGUGUACGUAUUUAUUAAUUCAUGUCAGCUUUAAAGAUGAAGAUGCAUUUAGAUUUCUGAUUGUUAUAGCUAUUUUCUCUAGAUCUGAGAAUGCCUUCAGAGGAAGAGAAACACUUGUUUACUUUUUCUACUCCUCCAAGUAAACCCAGAGCGACCAAGAAGGAUAUUGUGAUUCAGAUUUCUGCGUAUCAUAGGACAAGGCAACCAUUUCCACUGCGGAAAAUUUCCGUACAUUCCAGAGAGAAUUUAUCACAAAUUCGGAGACGCAUACAAAAUUAUUUCGAAGCCUAUUACAGAGAAGGGUUCGUUUUCCUUAACAAACUAAAGCCAGUUACAAAUGAAAGAAAAACAACUGUUUUUAAUAUUCUUCGGAAAAUCCCCCGAAUUGGACAUUCGACAUCCAAGCUUAAGAAGGAUUUACCGUGUAAGGCAUUUCGAUUCUCUGACGUAGAAUACACAAAUAUUCCUUACACCUACGACGGUAAAAGAUAUUUUACAACCUGUUCUUGUGUCAUAUUUCUAUUUGAAAAAAUCGACCCUGAAAAUGGGAUACAACUUGCUGAAUAUAACACAAUCUUGUCUACAAAUCCUAUGCCUGGUUUUUCGUGGAUACCGAUGGAUAUAUUUUCAUGGAAACGCCAUCUCUUAGGUCAGUUUAAUGCAUGUUAGCAAUUGAAAAUAAAGUUAAUUUUCAUGAAUUUAAUUGAUGUCCCCGCAAUUGGUGAUUAAUUCAAAAUAAUGAUAUACUUUCAA